AUUGCAGACGAGAGCUUCAAGGGCGCUUUGGACAAUUCGUGAGUCCAAAUUAUGCAAUAUUCCCCAACAAGUAUCCACACGACAAUCGUUGCGCAUGGAAGAUUACUGGACCCGCAGGAACAAAGAAGAUUGUCUUGAAAUUCCACAGUUUUGAUCUUGAAGAUGAUACUAAAUGCAGGUGAGAUUAUUCACGUCUAAACUAACUUUAUUUAAACUGGCUUUAUAUAUCAGUUCAGUUCAAAACUGUUCUCUUUAGAGAUCCAAUGAGGAUCAUAUCUUGUUGAUCCAGUGUUACUACAGGAGAAAACUUAAUCUAAACUUCAUUAAGUUCAUUUAUACUGGAUACCGGCUUUAUCAGUUCUAAACUGUUCUUGCUAGAGGUCCAGUAAGGGUCAUAUCUUAUUGAUCCAGUGUUACUACACGAGGAAACCCAAAUUAAACUAACUUUAUUUCUACUGGAUAACCCUAUCAGUUCUAAACUGUUCUUCCUAGAGGUCCAGUAAGGAUAAUGUCUUAUUAAUCCAGUGUUACUACAAGAGGAAACCUAUAGACUAAACUAACUUUAUCUAUACUGGAUAGCUCUGUCAGUUCUAAACUGUUCUUCCUAGAGGUCCAGCAUUAAAGGAUUAUCUCUUAUUGAUCCAGUGUUACUACAGGAGGAAACCUAAAAACUAAACUAACUUUAUUUAUACUAUAUCAUAUCUAAACUGUUCUAACACUUUAACAAUGUGCGUGUUUUACUAACCAUUAUUAAUUAAUGAAGCAGUUUCUCAGUUGAAGUUCAGUCAGAUUAUUUUGUUAAUACGAUUUUUUUCAACUCUUUUACAGCAAAGAUUUCAUUCGAAUAUCUGACAAGAACGACAAGCAAGUAGGACCACGCUAUUGUGGAUUGUAUAAUUGGGGAUUUGGAGUGAAGAUUAAUGGUGAUGUGGCCAACGUGCACUUCUCAUCGAACGCUUUGAUCGCAAGGAAAGGUUUUAAUGCUUCGUUUGAGGCCAUUUUGAUCGAAAGUAAAGGUAAUAAGAUAUAAUAAGAUAGAAGAGAUUACCUUUACUAGACAUUUCUAGGGAGAAUAAUCUAGAAAAAUAGAGCUGUUCAGUAUAAGUAAAGUUAGUUUAGUUUAGGUUUCCUCCUGUAGUAACACUGGAUCAAUAAGAAAUGAUCCUUACUGGACCUCUAUAGGGAGGACAGUUUAGAACUAAUAGAGCAAUCCAGUAUAAAGUUAGUUUAGCUUAGUUUUAUAUUAUCAAUCGUAAAACACGUUUACUUUCAACAUCUUCAUAGAUGACUGUGAUUUCGACAAUGGUCUGUGUUCUUGGGCAAAUUCGAAGAUGGAUGAUUUCGAUUGGACAAUAAAAUCAGGAAGGACUCCGAGUUACUUUACAGGACCGUCUGGCGAUUAUCUAGAAUUAGGUAAAUAUAGAAAACAGUUACACUUUUGCACGAAAAAUAUCCUUCUCAUCAAGAAACAUUCCAUAACCUUCACAAGUAAUGGAUCAGAAAAACACAAAAGAAAUUAUGAUAGUGAAGGAGCUUGUAUAUCUGAUACAAAGUCAUGUCGAUUUCCACAAUCACUAAGUUCAUAUUUUUUUACCAAAUAUCAUUCAUGUGUUUAAGAUUAUAUAUCUGAUACAACAUGAUUGCUCAUGCCUGUGUAUAAUACUUAUAUAUUCUCUCUGGCAAAAGGUAAAUAUGCGUAUAUCGAGUCAAGCUAUCGUCGAAAAGGUGAUCGAGCACAGCUCACCAGCAAGCUGAUGUCUGGUGCAAAAUGUAUGCAGUUUAUGUACAACAUGAACGGUAUUUACAUGGGAAGCAUUAACGUCGUUCAAGCUUAUGGCCAAAUAAGGAAGGUUUUGCUAAACAUCUCUGGGAAUCGUGAUCGUCCUUGGCACAAAGCAGUCGUAAAUAUCUCUGAUGUGGUGCUUCCAUAUAAGGUAGGAAACAUAGGCUACGUUUAUACUAUACCAGAUAGCUGGCCGUAGCGGCGCGAAAAAGCACCUAUCUGAUACGGAAUGUACAACUUUCAGAAGCUGAGCGAAACAACAUCUCUCCGUUGCAAUAAUUCCUCACAUCGCUACAGACAGCUAUCCGGUGCAUGCAGUGUAAAUCUAGUCACCAGUAUUUGCCUUACUGUAUAAUACAUGUAUUUUAUUCUAUUUUUUCUUCAUAAAGUAAUAACUCUUUUAGAUAAUCAUAGAAGGUGUGGUGGGCGAUGGUUUCACAAGCGAUGCAGCAAUAGAUGAAAUCUCAUUCACUUCGGGUCACUGUCCAAGCCAGACAUGUGGGGAUUACCUCACAGCACCGUAUGGUGUCAUUGAAAGUCCCAACUACCCUGGAUAUUAUCCUGACAAUGCUGUAUGUGAGUGGAAGAUUAAUCCCCUGCCGUAUUACGGCAACGUCGGUGUACUUUUUGAGAAAUUUGAUGUGGAAAAUUCAACUAGCUGCAGGUACUUAAGCUAGUUUUAUGGUAUACUGAAUAGCUCUAUCAGUUUUAAAACAUUUUCUCAAGGAAUCCAGUAUAAAUCUCACAACUUGUCAACAAGAUGUGUUCGCAACGGGCUUAUAGCAAGCUUGUCAACAAGUUGUAACAAUGCUGUUAUUUCAUCAAGUUGCUACAAGGCUGUCACUCACAACUUGUUGGCAAAUAUUUGAAUUGCAGGACGAUAGCAAGUUGUUGGAACAGCUUGUAACAAGUAUGUUAAGCUCAAUAACCUUGUAGCAAGUUGUCAACAAGCCGUUGAUCAACAAGCUGGGAACAAGCAGUGCGAACACAUCCUGUUGACAAGCUGUUGGAACAAGUCUGCCGCACGUUUGUUACAACUUGUGCGUUUUUACGUACAGAUGAAAUACAUACGGCAAUACUAUUCAACUUUUAACACAGUAUAACACUCUUUUGUUUUUUGAACCUUUCAAUAUAUAAAUCUAAAGCAGAAAUCUUGAAACAGAAUACUUUUUGGACAUCAUUCAAUUAGGAAUGACAGUGUUCAGAUAUCAGAUGGCUACAAAACACAGGUUGGUGAGAAACUCUGCGGUUCUCUACAAGAUUUACAAAGCAAUUCAGUUCGCGUGAAAGGAGCUUCUGCGUACGUGAAAUUCACGUCGGAUUCUAUUGGAGCUAAGAGUGGUUUUAAGGCGACGUACAAAGCAUCUGGAAAGCGAGCAAGUAAGUUUCUCAGUCAAGCUUAUUAUUAGAGUGAGAAAGACACUGUGACUGCAAUGCUAUCUAUAACAGUCUCACUUCAUCAUAUUUCUGUCUCGUCUACCACAGGUUGUGGAGGUCAGUUAUCAGGAGCUCAGGGAAAUUUUACAUCACCAAACUAUCCACGCCAUUAUCCAGUGAAUGAGGUAUGGUUACCUAGCUAGACAUACUGACAUUUCAUGGCAGAAAGUUGGUUUUCAAAUACCAUAACUCUGUUUUAAAAAGCCACAACUGCAUUUUCAAAUGCCAGAACUCCGUUUUUAAAUGCCCAGACUCCGAGUUUUCAAAUGGCAGAACUUCCUUUUCAAAUGGCAGAACUCUCUUUUCAAAUGGUAGAACUCCCUUUUCAAAUAGCAGAACUCCCUUUUCCGAAAUAGUAGAACUCCCUUUUCAAAUAGCAGAAUUCUCUUUUCAAAUAGCAGAAUCCCUUUUUCAAAUAGCAAAACUCCCUUUUCGAAUGGCAAAACUCCCUUUUCAAACAGCAGAACUCCCUUUUCAAGAAUAGCAGAACUCCCUUUUCAAAUAGCAGAACUCCCUUUUCAAAUAGCAGAACUCCCUUUUCAAAUGGCAAAACUCCCUUUUCAAAUAGCAGAACUCCCUUUUCAAAUAGCAGAACUCUCUUUUUAAAUAGCAGAACUUGGUUUUCAAAUAGCAGAACUCCCUUUUUAUAUAGCAAAACUCCCUUUUCAAAUAGCAGAACUCCCUUUUCAAAUAGCAGAACUCCCUUUUUAAAUAGCAGAACUUGGUUUUCAAAUAGCAGAACUCCCUUUUUAAAUAGCAGAACUCCCUUUUUAAAUAGCAAAACUCCCUUUUCAAUGCAGAACUCCCUUUUUAAAUAGCAAAACUCCCUCUUCAAAUAGCAGAACUUGGUAUUCAAAUGCGAGUACAUUUUCAGACGCCAGAACUCGCUUUACAAAUGCCAGAACGGCAGAACUCCUUUAUCAAAUGGCAGAACUUGGUUUUCCGUCAAACGCCAGAAUUUCGUUUUCAAAGUAUCCAGUAUAAAUAAAGUUAGUUUAAUUUAGGUUUUCUCCUGUAGUAACACUGGAUUAAUAAGAGAUGAUCCUCACUGGACAUCUAGGAAGAACAGUUUAGAACUGAUAGAGUUAUGCGAUUCAAUUGUCAUUAUAUAUGUCUUCAAUUUAGAUAUGUGACUGGGAGAUCACGGGUUCAGAUGCAAACCUUUGGCUUGAGAUAUCAUUCAAAGACUUCAACAUUGACGACACAGUGGUGUGUUACUACAGCUACCUCAUUGUCUACGACAGUAUCCAUGGUAACGAGAUUGGUCGCUAUUGUGGACGUUAUGCACCUGCGCCGAUCGUUAUUCCAAGUCAUGUAACCAACAUUAGAUUCGCCGCUUCGCAAUCCUCCAGAGGGUUUGUGGCCGAGUGGAAAAUGAUUUCCCCGAACGCUGGGGCAAAGUAAUGUCGAGAAAUACAUAAAGGUGAAUUGAGACUUUAAAUUAAAACACGUCAGAUGUUGACAAUAAUUUGUGCCUGUUCACAUGUAAUGUUUUUCAGACGUAAAAACGCACAAGUUGUAACAAACCUGCGCAGACUUGUAGCAAUGCUGUUCCAACAACUUGUCAACAGGAUGUUUUCGCACUGCUUGUUCCCAGCUUGUUGACAACUUGCUACAAGGUUGAGCUCAACAGACUUGUUACAAGUUGUUCCAACAACUUGUUAUUGUCUUGCAAUUCAACAAUUUGUCAACAAGUUGUGAGUGACAAACUUGUAGCAACUUGAUAAAAUAACAGCAUUGUUACAACUUGUUGACAAGCUUGCUGCAAGCCUGCUGCAAACACAUCUUGUUGACAAGUUGUGAGAUUUUUACGUGUGUGAUGUAAAUCCACAUUUAUUUAUUUAUUUAUUUAUUUAUUUAACUUUGCCAAUAAACAUUAAAACACAGAAAAAAACAUAUAUGGACAAUGGCAGGGAACACGCUACAGCUUACGCCAAUUACAGCGGCCCUUACAUAUAAGAUACGACAUCACAAACAUUAAACUAUUGUCUAAUAACAACACGAUACUUCACAGGACAGAUUACGGGACUUGUUACAGGACAAACAUAUUGAUUUCCAUAUUGAUUUGCCGUGUACCGUGAAAUUAUAACAUGAUUCUUCGUUUUUUUCAGAUUUUGACGUCUCAAAAUCCAAGAAAAGACACCUUAAAAUGAUACUAGACCUUCAUUACUACACAUUUAGAUAUUUGGUUUUAGUAACAUAGC